UGUCUCCCUGUCUCCCUCCAGAUGACCCAGGACCAGUGCUCUCAUAGGAACACGCUGCAGAGCUCGGAGAAGGCCCAGGUCUACAAGGUGGGCAUCUACGGCUGGAGGAAGCGGUGCCUGUACCUGUUCGUCCUGCUGCUCAUGCUGCUCAUCCUGGUGAACCUCGCCCUCACCAUCUGGAUCCUCAAGGUCAUGAGCUUCACCAUCGACGGCAUGGGAAAUCUCCGCAUCACGGAGAAAGGAUUAAAAGUGGAGGGGCCCUCAGAGUUCCUGCAACCGCUCUACGCCAAAGAAAUCAAGUCCAAACCGGGUCACCCGCUCUUCCUGCAGUCCUCCAGAAAUGUGUCCGUCAACGUGGUCAACGGCAACAACAAGGUCCUGACUCAGCUGGUGGCAGGUUCCAGGGGGUUCCGGGCCCAGGGGAAGCUCCUGGAGGUGAAGUCCACCAGCGGGAAGCUGCUCUUCUCGGCCGAUGAGCAGGAGGUGGUGGUGGGGGCGGACCGCCUACGCGUCAUGGGUGCAGAGGGCGCCGUGUUCAGCGGCUCUAUAGAAACACCUCACGUCAGAGCGGAACCCUUCAAAGAACUGCGGCUGGAGUCCCCGACCCGCUCCCUGAUCAUGGAGGCUCCGAAGGGCGUCCAGAUCCUGGCGGAGGCGGGAGACAUCCAGGCCUCCUGCAGGAACGAACUACGCCUGGAGUCCAAGGACGGAGAGAUCUCUCUGGACGCCACGAGGAUCCGCCUGCUCGGUCUGCUGGACGGGAAGGCCUCGUCCUCGUCCUCGUCCUCCUCCUCGGGCACCAGGCAGACGGUGUACGAGGUCUGCGUCUGCCCCAACGGACGCCUCUUCCUGUCCCAGGCCGGCACCGGCUCCACCUGCCACAUCAGCCCGAGCGUCUGCCUCUAGACCCCCCAACACCAACACACUGACCCCCAAACACACUAACCAGAACCCCCAAAUACUACACACCACCCCAAACCCACACCAACUAGACCCCCCAAACACCAGACACUGAACCCCAAAACACACACUCACCAGAAACCCCAAAUACUACAGAUUUAACCCCAAACACACACUAACCCGAACCCCCAAAUACUACACAUUGAACCCCAAACACACACCAACCAGCACCCCCAAAUACUACACACUACCCCAAA